AUGGCUUAUGGGCUUGGCUUACUUUGCUUUUUUGGCUUCUUGGUCAUCAUAAGUUUGCUAAUGGAAGCUUCCGCUUUAGACAGUGAAAUUGUGGAGGCCCAGUCAGGUGGAGUUAACUCAACGGAUCUUAAUAAAACUGCGGAAAUUAAUCUGGUUAAAAUAUGGAACUCAAAUGGAACAAUGCAGGCGCAACCUUACAACAUUCUGGAGGCCAACUGUCCGCAUGGCUAUGUCUUGGCUAAUAAACACUGUCAUAAGCGGGCCUAG